AUGUCUUGUCGUUCAAGACUCGCCACGCUAAACGAGAAGCUGACAGCCCUUGAACGGAGAAUAGAGUACAUCGAAGCCCGGGUGACAAAAGGCGAGACUCUCACCUAG